AAGGAAGCAACUUCUUACUUGAGGAAAAAAGCAACUUUCCGCAAGUUAGCCGACUUUAAAUCUUCUAUCUCUAAACAUAUUUGGCCUACUUACACUCUCUGCUCCUAUUUCUUCCAAUAAAUUCUUGCGAAAUUUGGCGAGAAUAAAUUUGGCGGACAGUAUGUUAGCAAUUAGAUCAUUUGGCGCUCCCGCGCGCAGACAGUGCAUUCAAGUAUCUUCACGUGCUUGGAAACCAGUCGCUGUCCAGGUAAGAAUAUACUUAGUUCCCGCUGCAAUGCAGCUAUUGCAUAUUCAAACUUCUUUGCACAUGCUCACUAUUUAUCACUACAGGCGCGCCGCCAAUAUGCCACCGAGAAAGCCAAGAUCGCCCAGUUCCACGGCCAGAAGGGUCCAGAUGUAAGACAUCCCAAGCGAUGAGAAGAUUGUUCCAACGCUGCACACCCUAUAAUAGAACGAAAAGGAAUACAAUUGAAUAUGGAGAUAGCUUCUGGGGAUAUAGCAACUGACGUUCUCUAAGGGACUCUACACAGUUAGUUUGAUUGAGGGUGACGGUAUCGGACCUGAGAUUUCGCAAUCUGUGAAGGACAUUUUUUCGGCCGCUAAGGUAAGGAGAAUAUUCGAACGAUCUCGAGUCAACUCUGACACUGGAUUAAGGCACCUAUCAAGUGGGAGCCAGUUGAUGUUACCCCGCAACUCCGAGACGGAAAGACCACUAUUGCCGCAGAGACUAUCGAGAGUAUCAACAGAAACAAGGUCGCUUUGAAGGGUCCUUUGGCUGUAUGUCUAGCCCAUCUAUAAUUCUCUAGCCUGGUACUAAUCUACAUUAGACUCCUAUCGGUAAAGGACAUGUAUCUUUGAACCUUACCCUUCGCCGAACUUUCAACCUCUUCGCCAACGUUCGACCAUGUCGCUCAAUCGCAGGAUACAAGACACCCUACGACAACGUCGACACCGUUCUUAUUAGAGAGAACACUGAGGGAGAAUACUCCGGUAUCGAGCACGUUGUGGUAGAUGGAGUAGUACAAAGCAUCAAGCUCAUUACAAGAGAGGCUAGUGAGCGUGUUCUACGAUUUGCUUUCCAAUAUGCCCAGGAUAUCAACAAGUUGAAGGUCCGAGCUGUCCACAAGGCUACGAUCAUGAAGAUGAGCGAUGGUCUCUUCUUGAGUACCGCAAACAGAGUUUCCAAGGAUUUCCCUGCCGUCGAGUUUGACUCUGAAUUACUUGACAAUACCUGCCUGAAGAUUGUUACGGACCCAACUCCAUACAACGACAAAGUUUUGGUUAUGCCUAACCUUUACGGAGAUAUUUUAUCGGAUAUGUGCGCUGGUCUUAUUGGUGGUCUUGGUCUUACUCCUUCUGGCAACAUUGGAGAUGAAUGCUCUAUCUUCGAAGCUGUUCACGGAUCUGCACCAGAUAUUGCUGGCAAGGCUCUUGCCAAUCCUACCGCUCUUCUCCUCAGUUCCAUCAUGAUGUUGAGACACAUGGGAUUGAACGAACACGCACAGAGAAUAGAGACUGCGAUUUUCGAUACUUUGGCGGAAGGAAAGACCUUGACUGGUGAUUUGGGUGGCAAGUCUAAAACCCAUGAGUAUGCUGGAGCAAUUAUCAGCCGUUUGUAGAUACAAUAGAUACCCAGUUUAAGGGAGUAUAGACUGUACCAUCAUGUGCAUAAAUUCCUGCACUGUUCAUAAAAUACCAAAUCGCACAAGAUCACUCGG